AUGAAGCAGAAUCUGGUGCAGAUCUUUUUCAUGCUGCUGCUGCUGCUGUUGGGCCUGGGCCUGGGCCUGGGGCUGGGGCUUCAUAUGGCUGCCGCAGUCCUGGAGGAUAGUGAUCAGCCGCUGAAUGAAUUUUGGUCCAGUGACUCACAGGACAAAACUGAGGCUGCUGAGGAGGGAGAGGGCACUCAAACCACAGAAGCUCUGGUGCUUAACAACAAAGGAGUAGUAGAGCCUGGCUGGCCCGAAGAGUCCAUCCUCAGUGAAGAUGAGGUUGGAGGAAGCAAGAUCCUCAGAGCUGAGGCUCCCUUUCAGGGGGACAAAGACUAUCUGAAGUUUGACCUGACAGCUAGGGAAUGCAAUGCCAUGAUGGCAUCCAAGAUGAAGGUGGACAAUGAAAAUUGCAUAAACCAGUACACAUUCAUUCAUGAGGAUCUAGAUACGGUCAAAGCUGUCUGUAAUAGUCCUGUCGUUGCUUGUGAACUCAAGGGGGGAAAAUGUCACAAAAGCUCUCGUCCUUUUGAUUUGACCGUCUGCAAGUUGUCCAAACCAGGCCAGAUCACUCCAAACUGCAAUUACUUAACUUUCAUUAUGGAAAAGGCCAUUGUUAUAAGCUGUAAUGACAUGAAGUUCCAGUUAAUACCUGGACAAUGA